CCUCGCACCGCGGCGGUGCGCGGCCGGGAGCGGCCCCGCGCCCAAACCCACCGCGGCGAAGGACCCCGGGACGCUCGGUGCCUGCCCGGCCCUGAGGAACGCGGUGCGAUGGCGGCGGUGAGCGGCAGCCGGUGGGGCCCGCAGGCGGUGACCGGGGCUGCGCGCUGACCCCGCAGUGCGGCGAGGGAUGGGGAGCCUGCCCAGCCGGGAGAAGUCGCUCGGCGCCGCACCGUUGGCCUCCAUCCCCGCGCCGUCCCCGCUGCCCGCACAGGCGGCCCCGGGCGGAUUCCUGGCUCUGGCCCUGUGUGACUUCCCCUCCGGCGCGGGGGCAGCCGCUGUGCUGAGGAUGGGCGAGCAGCUCCGCGUCCUCUCUGAGGAUGGGGAGUGGUGGCUGGUGGCAUCCCAGGCGUCCGGCAAGGAGUGCCUCGUCCCCAGCAGCUGCGUGGCCAAAGUGCGGCACAGGUGGCUGUACGAGGGCGUCAGCCGGGAGAAAGCGGAGGAGCUGCUGCUGCAGCCGGGCAACCACAGCGGAGCCUUCCUGAUCCGAGAGAGCCAGACCCGGAGAGGCGGCUUCUCACUGUCGGUGCGGCGCGCUGAGCUCGCCUCGUGGGAUGCGGUCACACACUACCGCAUCCACCGCCUGGAGAACGGCUGGCUCUACAUCUCACCCCGCCUCACCUUCCCCAGCCUGCACGACCUCGUGGACCACUACAGCGAGUGCGGGGAGGGUCUGUGCUGCACCCUCAGGGAACCCUGCACCAUGGAGGUGGCAAAGGCAGUACCAGCCCCGGUCCGGCCCGCCGUGGUGAAGAAGCGAACGAUCAACUGGGACAAGAUUGACAGCUCCGUCCUGCUCUCAGAGGCCGUGCCACCAUCAGGGGAGGAGGAGGAAGACUCCCCCAUCAGCCUGGGCCUGCGGGAAGCCAUCAGCUCCUACCUGCUGCUGACGGAUGGCUCGGUCCCAGAGAUGGGGCCCACAGGGAAGGGAGCAAAGAGCAGCUGAGAGCACGGCCCCCCCAGCCACAGCCCCCAGGAUGGGCACCCGGGCCUGCUCACAGCCGGGGCCCACAGCCCCUCCAGCACCCACACCCACCGCCUCAGGACACAUCAGGGCCCCCCUCCCAGCCCCAGCACUCCCCACUGUGGGCUGCUGGGCCCUGAGCAAUGCUCAGAAGGCAGAGGCCAUGGCGCUGCAGUGAGGGCACGGCAGUAGCCGUGCUGCCUGGCAGCGGUACAGUUGCUGCAAGAGCUGGAGCAGGGCCCAGAGCUGCAGGCUGAGCCUGGGCAGAGGCACAGCCCCACAGCUCCAGGUCCUGUGCACAUCGGGCUCCGUGCGGGACAAAGCCUGGGCCCCCAGAGCCCCCUUGGCCUGAAGGAGCAUCCCUGCCCUGCAGCAGCGGCAGGAAGCUGCCCUUACCUCACCCCAUAGAGAUGGGUUUAAAGCUUUAACUCAUCCAUUAAACAGGAUCUUCCAGGACACACAGCAACAGCUGCUUGUAAUGUCUUAAUUAAGGGCACGUCCUUUAUAAGGGUGGUAACUACACGCACCACCGUGCUGGGGCACACGGAGCAGCCCCGCAGCUCGGGCAGCCUUUGGUGUAACCAAAGUUCUACGGGAGGACAGACCCAACUCGAGAACUGGGCAGGAGCAGGGACAGCUCAGCAGCAUCACGUCCAGCCCCCAGCAGCAGUGUAAACAGAUCGGGACAGUGCCACAGCCGGCAGCAGCCCCUCACAGCCCAGCGCACAGCAGCAGCACAGAGCCUGGAAACCUCCGCUCUUCCCUUUCUGAGCUCGCAGCAGCAGCACCCGACCCAUUUCCUGCCCUGGCCCUGCUCGACUCUCUCCGUUUUUACGUCUUGCUGCCGGGCUCUGGCCCCCCAGCGCACUCUCUCGGUUCCCCAGGUGCAGCCAUGGGUGGGGGCUGCCCCAAGGUCCUGCUCAGCUCCCCCCCUCCCCCCCUUCUGCUGCCGCGGUGAGAGGUUUUAACCCCACCCACCCCACCAGGUUUUAAAUACCUAAAGGGAACUUUUCAGGAGGGGCUGUGUUAUGGCACUGCUCGUCACUCGUACAGCAGCGUCAGGUUCUCCAGACGCGAUGAGAUUUGAGUGGUUUUGACCACAGACACAAGUCCAAAGUUAUUUUAUUGAAUCGUUAAUUGAAAGAGACUUCACUAAUACUUAACCAACAAAAACCUAUUUAUUUUUUCCAAACACCAAGAUACAGAAGUUUUCAAGUUUUGCAAAUAUUGCUCCAAAGCAAAAUUCUAUAUACAGCGCCCUCAGUUCUAAUAGUGCAUAAACAAAGACGAAUGUGUAUCCACAGUGCAAUGUUUGCUCAUUUCAUCAAGGCUCCACGCUGCAUUCACUUACCAGUGAUUUGAAGAACAAAAAAGUGACAUGCUAGACCAAGCGGCUGGCCCAGGCUACGAAAUAACAAUG